AUGGGCACGACCCUCGGCCUCGGCAGGCACCGUGUGAGCGCCUCGACCUUGGAGAAGUCUGAGAUCGAUCUCAUUGGUGUGUACGCGUUUCCAUGUUUGUUCGGCAACAAGCGAGUUCUUGCCGAAGCGAUCCGACGCUACGAGCAGAAUUGGAUUCCGCUGUUGCUGGAAAACCCAGAGGAGAGAGGCCUGGUGCCCCCACUUGAUGUGGAGUGGGUGUGGUAUUGCCACAUGCUGAACCCCACGGCCUACAAUGAGGACAUGUCCCGCAUCGCAGGGCGGGACGAGGUCCCAGACCAUGUCAUGCAGGCCUUGGAUUCCAGCGAGUGGAUGGAAGGCCGCAAAAGGGCGCAGCAGCUGUGGGCCAAGAAAUUUUCGGAGCCGUUCAGUCUGGAGCUCCAGUUGGCACAAGCGCCUCAGGUAGAUGAGAGUAGGGCUGGGAGCCAAAGGAGCAGCUAUGACUUCGUUUCUGCAGCUGCACGUCAGAUAGAUUUCUACUACCAAGUGGCUGUGCUACCCCAUUACCAAGAUCAGUACUUCCUGGAGCUGGCAGUCGAGAGGUACCUGGACAAGUUCUUGGAAUUAGCAAGGAGGCACCCUGAAGGCACCUGGGUACCAAGCAGCGACAUCGAAUCUGCCACGGAAGGAGUCUGGAAGGAGGAGUUUGGGGAGGAGCUCUACCGCAGCGGGGGCAUGAGCCGUGGGCGGCUGAUGCUUGCGGAGUGGAGAUGCAAGGAUCAGUUGAGGUCCGCGCUGAGGUCCACUGCGGACAUGAGUGGGCUGUUCCUCCGUCAGGUCUGCACUGAGAAGAGGGCCUCCAUGCGUGUAGAGCAUGCCAGCAUGUAUCGGAACAGGCCGAAGCUGCCAUGGGUUUAUCAGAAGGACAUGAGCACAAAGGCCGAUGGCUGCAGGCGCUUCUCCUGCUUGGGCAACUGCCCUCUGUGGAGCGGCAUCAUUCAAGGGCAGGUGGUGCAUGGCAGGUCUGGAUCCAAGAGCUUCAGCUACGUGGAGGUCAUGAAGGACCCACAGCAAUCGAUGCCUGUCGUUACUGCACACACCAUUGACUCCGACGAGUUGCCUUCCUCGGAGCAGGUCGACAACGCAAGAGAGUGUCUCACCUUGGACCCAAGUAAGGAGAUGGCCUACUUGCUUCGGGUCGCUGCAGAGGACGUGGCUGUAAUCGUGGGGGAAUGGGUCGAUUUCAUUGAGAAGGACAAGUGGACGCCGGGGACAAGCGCCGGCCAUGGUACCAGAAUGAGGAGGCAGCACAAGCGACCAGGGCGCCUUGAUGUGAAGAUCUAUUCUUUGCGGGGGCGCCUCACGCAGUGCCAGGUGAGCGAAAGAUUCUUCGGAGACACAAGACCUAGGGCGUACUCCUUCCCCUUAGCAGCCUUGAUGCUUGACGAAUGCACGGAUACUGUGGACAUUGAUCUUUGCAAUUCCGCGAUCAGCGGGUUUAGCAACCCUACUUCCGCAGCAGUCAGCUUUGGCUUCGCUCUUGCCAUUGGAGCUUUGCAUGCCAGCUUGCAGCCAAUUGUCGAUGGCGGCUACCCAAAUUGGACUGUGCAGCAAUUCUCUUGUGAUUCACUGAAGCUGGCGGGUGGAGAGAUUCCUGCCAGCUGGGCCAUCAACAUCUGCGCGCCCCUGAAUCCGCGCCCGGCCAUUGACGCAUACCAGACCUCGGGCGAGCUGAUGAUGCCGCAGCAGUGGCCCACCCUGGAAGAGGACGACCUGAUGUGCAAAGGCGCCGGUGUCAUCCACAGAUUCGCAGGGUCAGAUGAUGACACUUCUGACUCAGAGUCUAACUCGGAGUCUGACUCGCAGGGGUGA